CAUUUUACGGUUUGUGUACAGUUUUCAAUGAAAUUGAGCGCCGUGUGUCAAGAAGUUCUAUUGAUUCACUCCUAUUCAUAAUGUUCUAAAUUACUAAAUCAUAUUAAUUUAAAUUGUUGGAAUAUUAAAUAUCAUAAAGCAUGAACUUAUCUGCACUUAUUAUCAUUUGUUCAAUAUUAUUUAUCGAAUUAUGUAUAGUUCCAAUUACAUUUGCAGAACUAUAUUCUUAUGUAACUUGCGGAUCUGUAAUAAAAUUGCUCAAUAACCAUUUGAAAACCCGGCUACAUUCUCAUGAAGUUAAAUAUGGAUCCGGAAGUGGUCAGCAAUCCGUCACUGCUAUUGAGGACCAUGAUGAUGUUAACAGUCAUUGGGUUAUCAAAGGAAAAAGUGGGAAAAUGUGUAAAAGAGGAGACCCUGUGGCUUGUGGAAGUACAAUAAGAUUAGAACAUUUACAAACAAAAAAGAAUCUUCAUAGCCAUCAUUUCCCAUCACCUUUGUCAAAUAAUCAAGAAGUGAGUGCAUUUGGUGAAAAUGGAGAAGGUGAUACAGGUGAUCACUGGAUUGUAACAUGCAGUUCCGAUAAUUGGGAACGCAAUGGCUUAGUACGAUUUAAACAUGCUGAUACAGAUAUGUGGCUGGCAGUACCAGGAAAUACUUAUGGGAGACCUAUUUCUGGACAGAGGGAAGUAUGUGCUCUGCAUUAUUCUGAUAGUAGCUGUUACUGGAAGACAUCUGAAGGUGUUUUCAUUAAACCAACUGAUCUACCUGUUCCAAGUAUAGCACAUAUACAUACAGAACUCUAAAUUUUUGCUUAGUUAAUUGUAUAGAUCAUGAACGGACAUUGUUUAUUUAUUAAGUUAGUUAUAAAAAUUAAUUUGUAAUAAAAUAUUUAUAUUUUCA